UUCAGUUCUUAUUUACGUCUCGCUUAGAAAUGAUCACUUUUCUGACUCUUCUACUAACGGCUGUUAUUGCAGUUUAUGUCUACGUUCAAAGACAUUUUUCGUAUUGGCAGCGACAUGGAUUUCCGUAUUUGAAAAAUAUUGAAAUCCCUUAUGGAAAUAUGGGAGCUCAUGCCAGAAAAGAACGUUCAAUGGGAACAGCAGUUUGGGAUCUCUACAAUCAAACUGAUGAACCAUUUGUUGGCAUGUAUGCCUAUACUAAUCCCGGUCUUCUGGUGAGAGAUUUGGAGCUUGUUCGUAAGAUCAUGAUUACCGACUUUGACUACUUCCAUGAUCGAAGUGUUUAUAACAACAAAGAUCGUGAACCUCUUCUAUCACAAUUGUUCUCUCUCAAAGGCGAGGAUUGGAAAAACUUACGAAAGAAAUUCAAUCCGUUAUUUUCUUCUGGAAAGUUGAAGGCUAUGUUUCCAACUAUCUUAUCGGAAGUUGAUAAGCUUGAUGGGUACGUGGAAAAGGUAGCAGCUAAUAAUGAGCUGUUUGAAACGAAAGAGAUGACCUAUCGUUAUGUUCUGAACAUCAUAGGAUCUGUAGUGUUCGGUUUGAACAUUGAUAUUCUCGCAGAUCCUGAUCAUCCCUUCGAACGAAUGUACAAAGAGCUUCUAGGUCCCAACAAAUGGACUGACUUGAAAAAUGCUUUGCAAUUUGUCUCUCCAAAGUUAGUAGAUAUCCUGAGGAUUCCUUUACUCCCGACUCAUGUUCGAGAGUUCUUCUUGGAUGUAGUUUCAACUACCAUGAAAUAUCGCAAGGAGCACAAUUAUCGUCGGAAUGACUUUAUGCAACUCAUGAUCGAUGAAGGAGACUUCUUUACCUUAAACGAAAUCACCGCCAAUUGUCUCAUCUUUUACGUUGCAGGAGCAGAUACAAGUCCAUUCACAACUGCAACUUGUCUCUAUGAACUUGCUCUGAACAAGGAUCUUCAAACAAGAGUUCGUAAUGAAAUCGAUGAAGUUCUACAGAAGUUUGAUGGCGUCAUUAGUUACGAUUCUGUCAAUGAAAUGACCUUCCUUGAUGCUUGUGUGAGAGAAACUCUCAGGAAGUAUCCGGGACUUCCAAUACUUUUACGGGAGUGUACCAAAAACUAUAAGAUUCCAAAUUCGAAGUUGACCAUUAAGAAAGGGACAUCGAUCUUUAUUCCAGCAAUGGGAUUGCAAUACGAUCCAAAGCACUAUCCGGAACCUUUUAAAUUCAUUCCCGAUCGUUUCGUUAAAGGAAGUUACGAGGAAAGUAUUUGCAAUAAAGAUGCCUAUCUCCCGUUUGGUGAUGGACCAAGGAAAUGUAUCGCAGUGAGGAUGGGAUUCUUGUUCGUCAAGGCAGCAAUUGUCAAGUUAAUUAGCAAGUAUGAAUGGGAAACAACCGAUAAGAAGGAAGUUGAGUUCGAUAACUACUCUGUGGGACUCAGUGCCAAAGGAGGACUCUUACUCAAAGUACAAAAACGUCAAAAAUGAACAAAUUUUUAAUUAGUGGAAGCAUGUAUCCGACCAAAAAAUAAACUUUUUUAAUUGCA